UGCGCUCGCAACUGUCGUCUAGAAUGGAAAGCCCAAAUCGGAAUCUGAAGCACUGUCUGCUGCACCUGUUGCACCUGCUGCUGCUGGCUGCGCUGUGCCAGGGCAUCGAGUGGACGGUGCCCGAUGUGGUUGGCUCGCUGCGGAGCGUUGGCUCCACCAUAAUCGAUCCAAAGAUGCUGCCCACGCCGCAGGGCCUGCUCGAGGGCAGCAAAAAUCUAAUUGCCGGCUAUCCCUUUGAGUUUGCCUCCAGCUCCAUCAACUACUUGUGCUCGCAGGCGCUUAGCUCCAAUAAGAUCAGGUCCAGGUUCACGCCGGACAUUAAGCAAAUGAACUUCCAGUUGCGCACCGCCUGCAACAAGACAAACUUUCCGCUCCUGGAAGCGGAAGCCAUGUGGCACAGCCCCCAAUUCGAUCCGAAGAAAGGUGUCGUCAUUCUUGCCACCGGCUGGACAACCACCGUCAAUGAUUCGGAUACCAUUGAGCAAUUGGCCCAGGCCUACAACUGUCGCGGCGAUGUUAACUUUGUGGCUGUAGAUGUGGCCAGAUUCGUGGAUACCCUGUACACAUGGUCGGCUUUCAACACGGAUGAGAUUGGCGAGAAUAUUGCACGGGGCCUGGUCAAGCUGCUGGAUGUGGUAAAGGUGGAAAAUAUACAUCUGAUUGGUCACAGUCUGGGCGCGCACAUUGUGGGCUCGGCGGGGCGCUACCUGCAGCAGUUUACGGGCAAAACAUUGCCGCGCAUAACCGGACUGGAUCCGGCCAAGCCGUGUUUCAACGAGGGCGAAGUUCUGUCGGGACUGCAGCGCGGCGAUGCGCACUUCAUCGAUGUGAUACACAGCAAUCCGGGCGUGCUGGGCAAGCGUGAUCCCAUGGGCGAUGUGGACUUUUAUCCGGGUGGCCUGGAGCCCCUGCCCGUGGGCUGUUUGUCGGUGACCUGUGCGCACGACCGCGCCUGGGAAUACUAUGAGGAGUCCGUCUAUCCGGGCAACGAGCGCAACUUCUUGGCCACACGCUGCAGCUCGCUAAAGCGCCUGCGCGAAGAUCUCUGCACUGGCGAGCAGCAGCCGAUGGGCUAUGCCGUGCCGCACAACAUCAAGGGCAACUACUUCCUGGAGGUCAAUGGCAACAAGCCCUAUGGCAAACAAUCGUCUGGGCCACGUACAGCACGGCUCGCACGCUGCGGCAUCUGCGGCCAAAAAUAGUGGCAACUAGAGUUAAGAUUCAAAGCGCAACCGAAUCCCGGCCAUAUUCCAUUUUUGAUUGCCUCGAAAACGCUUUCAAUUUGAGAGACCUGAAAUUAUUUGAUGCCAAAAUACGAACUCAAAGCUGCUUUUGCAAGGCAACCAAUAUUACUUACAAACUAAUUUAGACUUAAGGAAUUUCGAAACUCGUUAACUAUUUUGUGACUGCGAUAAGCCGAUAAUAUCGCAAUUUCGAAAACUAAUCGGCUCCAAAGUUGUAUUUUUUUUUUGUUUUUCAUCUAAUACACCUACUCGUAUUUAAUU